UGCGGGAGGCGCCGAGUGGGGGGUGGUGGCGGCGGCGGCCGCACCGGAGGGGGGUCAGUGUAGAGCCAGCGGGGCGGCCGCGCUUCGGCGGGACAGCGGGCGGCGCAACAGUGUGGAGCUGGGCGCUGGGGCUGAAUGGAAACUGACUGCAGUCCUAUGGAGUUGACCAAUAACACAGAGUCUGAAGAGGAUUCUGAUUACAGAGACUUCGAAGAAGCAGAUGUAAAAGAUAUGAGACUAGAAGCCGAAGCUGUAGUGAAUGAUGUUCUGUUUGCUGUCAGCAACAUGUUUGUUUCAAAAACCCUUCCAUGUGCAGAGGAUGUGGCAUAUAUCAAUGUGGAAACCAGGGAAAAAGGCAAAUACUGCGUGGAGCUCACUGACUCAGGACUAAGGGUAGUAGCUUAUGAUUUUGAUCAGACUGAUGACAGUUUGCAAAACCCGUACCAUGAAACUGUCUACUCCUUAUUGGACACACUCAGCCCUGCGUAUCGGGAGGUGUUUGGAAAUGCAUUACUACAAAGACUAGAAGCCUUGAAGAGAGACAGUCAAUCAUGAUGUACCCUGAAGGAAGAUUUAAGACUAGAAGGAAUUCUUUGUAUGAGGCACUGAGGUCUUUCUUACAAAUGCAGCUGCAAACAUCUAAAGAUCCAUUUCUUGCAUUGACAUCUGAUAUGUACUAGAACUGUUCUACAACAUGUUGCUGCAGAGGAUUUGUGUAUAUCACAGUUCUAUCCACAUGGAUAGACUGUAAAACUAAUUGAUGUUUUCUUUUUGUUGUAGGUGAGCAAAAAACUUCUUUCAAAAAUGUUCAAAAAUAUUUGGUCUGUUUUCAAGGUGUUACUAUUGAAAGCUCUUGAAAAAACAUAGAGAAUGAAUGUUAUAUAGGCAAGUAAUAAGCUUUUUUGUGCUUUCUGGUUAUUGCCAUAUCUGAUUUUUAACGUGGAAGUUAACUACCUAGUUACAGUCUAUUAAGUGAAAUUAAUGGAACAAAACAGUUAACUUCUGUUUCUAACUGAGAAAUAGAUUUUUCACACCCAUUUGCUGUGCACAAAUCUGAAAGUUCUAAGUUUCAAUAACAAGAAAGCUCGAGAAAGCUCUUGAGCAGCUGAGUGUUGCUUAUAUAACUACAAUAUCUGAGUUAAAAGUUCAUUAUUACUUGAUCCAUCCUUUUCUACAACAAGCAACAAACUCCAAAGAGUAAAUGAUGUACCGUUACUAUAUGAAUGUACUAUCUGAAUCGCAAAUGAAUUAAGCACAGAAGUAACUUAGGAUGUAACAGGCUACAUUCCUUAGAGAUGAUGAUAUAUAUGAUACGUAUGUGUGUAUGUAUGCUAUAUUGUAAUUUUUUGGGAGGCUUGGAAGACAUUUUAGCUUGUUUACUCUUCCGAAUGUGUGUUUAUAUAAUGUGCAGGAUAAAUACACCCAGAGUAUUUUGCUUCAGCCUUUACUUUCUACCACACGGUAAUUUGGUACUCCCGUUUUUCAACUUUUCUUCCUGGAUUUUACAGCAUCCUCUCCUAAUGAAUACUAAAUAUGCAUUGUAAUACUGAUUGCAUCGUAUUGGUUUGAAACCAAAGGUUGUAUGAAAUUUAUUAGGACAAGUGAAAACUGGAACACAUAACUUGUAUUUUCUACUUAAAACUGGUACAAAUCUCUUUAUAAUUAAUUGCUUUAACUUUUCAAGUAUGUAUUGAAUGGUAGACCUUUUUUAAAAGAAACCUGUUGUCUAGAAAUACUGCAACUUCUGGAGUAGCAUUCUAUGACCAUGAUACUUCUAUUCUUGUAUGAUUCAAUAUUUGUGCAUCUUUCUUUAUUCUGUCAUGCUGUUGUGCUGAGUAUACCAGUAUCUUUAUUGGAGCGAUGCUUAGGAACAUAUCAGUCCUUGUGAACUCACAAAUUCAGCUGACUUCAGUAGAGUUGUAUUGACUUACACCUGUUGAGGAGUAGCCAUAUUAAUUGAAGAAGCCAAACAGUGGAUUUUGUUAGCAUAGUUUUGGAGUGUUGAUGUUAUAACUGUGACUGGUAAGAUUACCACAGUCAGCUUUUCCAUUUUCUAGAUCUUAAUUUGAUGUUUAAUUAUCUUGUUGAUACUCCCAAUGUUAAUCUUUUGAUUCUGAGUAUGGACCCAUGCUCUAAAAUUUGCUCAUAGGCUCUGUUUUGCGCAGAGAUCUGUGACACGUAGUUAGUCCUCUGUGAGGAGAAUGUACUUUAUCAAGUUUAUAUUUGAAUAUUUUUCCUUGCAGUUAAUUUCAAUUAAAAUGACUAAAGCAUUAAAUAAA